AUGUGUGCAGCGAACAGGAAGUUAAAGGACGAGAACUUACACGGCGGGAAUUCCGCGAGUUCAAAUCGAGAUUACGGAAUCAAUAGCAUACUAUAUCAGCGAGGUUUAUAUCCUGGUGAUACGUUUAAAAGAGAGAAGAAGUAUGGACUUACACUACUGGUCACCAAUGACUCGAAAUUACAACAGUUUCUGGAGCCUCUUCUGAAGCAAAUAGAAUGUAGCCUGGUGAAUGAUGCAGACAACUAG